AUGCCACUUCUUGCAGCGUUCGGUCAGCUUUAUGGAAAGUUCCGGAAAGAUGGCAUGUUAGCUGUGCACCAGUACCGCGGUUCCAUUUAUAUCGCUUUCUACGCGAACUUUGGAUUAUGGGAAAUUCAUUAUCAGUCCAAGUUAAAUAUUACUUUCCAAGGUGGUUCUACUUUUAUUUCAAAUCAAAUCUGUACAAAAUUUUGUAAAGUGCACAUUGUUUUUGAAUCGCUUUUAGUGAGUUUACAGUUGAAUUUGUUUUCCGAAAUAUUUUCUUUACUUAUGAAUAAUUGUUCUGUGCACUUUGGUUUGGUGUCAAGUAGCAAUUUGAAGUCCUCAGUUCAGGAUUUAAUCAUUGGUGCUUACAUUGGCUAUAAUUCCAAUAAUGUUGGUACAAACAACGAACAAUCUUUUGGAAUUUUAACUUUAAAAAGCUUACAAGAAAAGAAAAUAAAUUCAGCAACAAAAAGCCAACAGUUACCUACGCAUUCAUUCCUACAGCGUGAAUUUUUGAAUAGGAUGAAAACAGUUCUGACUUGUUGCAGAAAUCGUUAA